UCGCGCUGCCGAGGAAGUCUCGAAGCGCUCCUCCCAAGAACCCUAAAAACAGAGUGAUGAUCUAUCACAGUCGAUUGAGAUGAAAUUCUAUGCUCGCAACUCGAUCGGGCAUUUCCGAGGCGGCGAUCUAUGCGCAGCUCAUCCGCAGCUGUGGAUCCGAGAGGAAUCUCGACCGUGCGAGGCAGAUCCAUGCCCGGAUCAUCGCCGCCGAUUACCCGCUGGAUCGCUACCUGAACAAUCUGCUCGUGGAGAUGUAUGGCAAAUGCGGUGGCGUGGAGGACGCGCGCCGCGUCUUCGACGCCAUUCGCGAUCCCAACCAGUUCUCCUGGAAUCUCAUGCUCUCCGCGUGGAUCCAUGCCCGCAGCGGUGGCGGCCUCCACCGCGCGCGAUCGUUCUUCGAUGAAAUGCCGCAGCGUGACACCGUAUCGUGGAACGAGAUGAUCACGGCAUAUUCCCAAGCCGGGCACCUACACGAAGUCAGGGCUCUCUUUCGCGAUAUGCCCAAUCCUGACCUAAUCUCGUGGAAUACGCUCCUUUCAGCAAAUGCCCAAAAGGGGUUUCUGGAAGACUCUAAGCAACUCUUUAGAGAUAUGCCUUGCCAUGACAUGGUAUCAUGGAACUGUCUAAUCUCCUGCUUUGCACAAGAUGGAGAUUUGGACAAAGCACGAGCUUUGUUUCACAAGAUGCCCCAAUGGGACAUAAUUACGUGGAAUACACUUAUUUCGAUUUAUGCCCAAGCCGGGCAUCACAGGGAGUGCAAAGACUUGUUUGAGACGAUGCCACGUCGGAACGUGGUGACGUGGACGGCCGUCCUUGCCGUACAUGUCCAAAACGGCCAGGUGGUCGAGGCCCGACGGACGUACGACCGGAUGCCCGAGUGGGACGUUGUGUCGUGCUCGGCUAUGGUGACGGCAUAUGCCCAAGCCGGGCAUUUGGAAGAGGCCAGCGAGAUCUUUAGAGGAAUGAAGCAGCGCAACACGGUGGCGUGGACGUCGCUCCUGGCGGCAUAUGCGCAGGCCGGGAACUUCCAGCGCGCGAAAACAUUGUUUGCGGAGAUGCCGGAGAAGACGGUCUCGGCCUGGAACUCGAUGAUCACGGGCUAUGGCCUCCACGGGCACUUGAGCGAGGCGCGCCGGUUCUUCCUCGAGGCCCCCGCGAGGGACACGGUCACCUGGAACGCGAUGAUCCAGGCGUGCAUUGAUAAUCUUCGCUUCCAGGAUGCCAAGGGCCUGUUCGAUCAGAUGCCCCACCACGACGUCCUCUCCUGGAACUCGAUGAUGGUGGGAUUCUCGCAGCUCGGGGAGCUCCGCGAGGCGGAGCGUCUCUUCCGAUCCAUCCCGGAGAGGAAUGUGGUUUCUUGGAACACGAUGAUCGCCACUUACGCGCAGCAUGGAUUCGUCCUCGAGGCCGCGGAGCUCUUCGAUCGUAUCCCCCGCCGCGACAUCGUCACCUGGAACGCGAUCAUCUCCGGGUUCGGUCAAAACGGGCUUGCCGAGGAGGCCAAGGCGGCGUUCGAGCAAAUGCCCGAGAGGAACAUGGUUUCCUGGACGGCCGCGAUCGCGGCGUUGUCCCAGAACGGACGGCUGGAUGAGGCCCGGGACCUGUUUGAAAGAAUGCCGCGCCGCGACGUGGUGGCGUGGAGCGCUAUAAUCGCCGCGAACGCCCAGAACGGCCGUGGGUGGCAGGCGAUACGCCUCUUCCGCCUCAUGGACCUCGACGGCGUUCGCCCGGACAUCAGUACAUACGCCAGCGUUCUCGACGCGUGCGCGGGCGUUGGAUCGCUGGGCCUGGGCCGCCUCGCGCACGCCGACGCCGUCCACGCGGGCGUCCACGUCGACGUCGUCGUGGCGGGAGCGCUGGUCAACAUGUACGGCAAGUGCGGCCAGCUCGGCCCCGCGCGGCGGCUCUUCGACUCCCAGCAGGUAAGGAACGCGGUGACGUGGACCGCCAUGGUGGCGGCAUAUGCCCAGAACGGCCAUGGCGCCCAGGCGCUUGAGCUCUUCCACGUCAUGAACGCCGAGGGCGUGGGCGCGUGCUCGGUUGUCUUCGUCAGCAUCCUCUCCGCGUGUAGCCACUUGGGACUGGUCCGCCAGGCACGGGACUACGUCCACUCCAUCACCCGCGACCACGGGAUGGCGGUGACGUGGGACCACUACCACUGUAUGAUCGACGUGUUUGGACGGGCAGGAUGGCUCCUCGAGGCCGAGGAGCUCAUCACGAGCAUGCCCUUCUUGCCCGGGGACGUUGCAUGGACGACUCUGCUAUCGGCGUGUAAGCUCCACGGUGACAAGCACCGAGGUAACCGAGCCGCGGACGUGGUGAUCGAGCAAGAGGACUCGGACCAAGUCGGCUCGGCUUUCAUGCUCUUGAGAAACGUUGUAACGGAUCCUCAAAUUGUCUUUCAAAGUUAAUCCAAGCCAAAAUUAAUUUUACA